AUGACCGUUGCUGAGAAAUUUGCUGGUACUUGGACGUUUGCUGACUCGGAAAAUUUCGAUGCUUACCUGAAACAAAUUGGUGUUGGUUUAAUAAUGCGAGGUAUAGCAAAAAAUCUGAAACCGACACUGACUUUUUCCAUGAAUGGUAAUAAAUGGAAGAUUGUUAGCGAAUCACGUUUCAAAAAACAUGUUUGGGAAUUUGAACUGGAUGAAGAAUUUGAUGAAACAACACCCGAUGGACGACAAGUAAAGAGUAAAUUCUUUCUGGAAGGAGACGUAUUAGUUCAACUCGAAAAUGCCAUAAAGGCAAGCGAUAAGAGUACUAGGUUUGAACGUUACAUCGACGAGCAAGGUCAAUUAGUUAUUGUUUGUGACUCCGAAGGUGUGGUUGCAAAACGUAUAUACAAAAGGGCAGAAUAA